GGGUUGGACCCCCCCUAAGUCCAGAGAGGACCCGGAUGCUUCUUGCUCUCAGGAUAAACAUUCUAGCCAAAGGUUAUAGUGGCAUUUCCUUGGAGAAUCUUGGGAAAAUGAUAGCAGCUUUUAAUGCGUCUUGUCUCUCCUGGGUCCCUGAGCAAGGUACAGUGGGGGCAAGUGGAGACCUGGCACCCCUAGCUCAUCUAGCUUUAGGGCUGAUGGGAGAAGGUCGCAUGUGGUCACCAGAGACUGGUUGGGCUGAUGCCAAAACUGUACUAGAGGGCCAUGGUCUGACUUCUAUUUCACUAAAACCCAAAGAGGGUCUAUCUUUAAUUAAUGGGACACAGUUGAUAUCAUCACUGGGUGCUGAGGCCCUUGUAAGAGCUGAAGCUAUCGCCCCACAGGCUGAUGUCAUCGCCGCCCUUACUUUGGAGGUGUUGAAAGGAACAAACAAAGCCUUUGACGUUGAUGUCCACGCAGUAAGGCCUCACUCAGGUCAGAUUUUGGUUGCCCAAAGAUUCCGCUCCCUUCUCCAUUCUGAUGUCUUCCACUCCCAAAUCACAGAGUCAUAUGAUGGUGUUCAGGAUGCCUAUACCCUGCGCUGUUGCCCUCAGGUACACGGGGUGGCCAAUGACACCAUUGCUUUUGUGAAAAACAUUCUCAACACUGAGCUAAACAGUGCUACUGAUAAUCCUCUGGUAUUUGCAGAUCGAGGAAUUACUAUUUCAGGCGGGAACUUCCAUGGAGAAUAUCCGGCUAAGGCUUUGGACUUCCUCGCCAUAGGAGUGCAUGAGCUGGCAAGUAUCAGUGAGCGGCGCAUUGAGAGGCUGUGUAACCCCUCACUUAGCAAACUUCCUGCUUUCCUGGUAAAGGAUGGAGGUUUGAACACAGGAUUCAUGGUGGUUCACUGCACUGCUGCUGCCCUUGUCUCUGAGAAUAAGGUGCUGUGCCACCCAUCCUCGGUGGACUCCUUGUCCACCAGUGCAGCCACUGAAGACCAUGUAUCUAUGGGGGGAUGGGCAGCCAGGAAAGUCCUGAAAGUGGUCAAACAUGUAGAACUAGUUCUUGCAAUAGAGCUACUUGCUGCCUGUCAGGCUCUGGAAUUUCACCGGCCAUUAAAGACCACAGCACCACUGGAGAAGGUUCAUGAGCUGGUGCGCUCCAAAGUCAGACCAUGGGAUAAAGACCGUGUUAUGAGCUCUGAUAUUGAAGCAGCACACAAGCUCCUACUAGAGGAAAAAGUGUGGGAGGCAGUGCUACCCUACAUGGAGCAGUACAAGCAGAAGCAUCAGUAAUAACUCACUGUUCCUGACUAAAAUUGACACUUCUAUUACUUCAUUUCUUGCACUAAUAAAAA